CGAAGCCGAACCCUAAAUUCCGUCGAGCUUGCUCCCUGUCUCCGCCUCUCUUCCGCGCGAUUGUCGGCCAUGGCGGAUCCACCGCCCUCCGUCACCAUCUCCGACGCCGUCCACCAGAUACAGAUCGCCCUCUUCGACGGCGCCGCUUCCUCUGAACGCCAGCUCUUCGCUGCCGGCGCCCUCCUCUCUCGGUCCGACUACGAGGACGUCGUCGUUGAGCGCUCCAUCGCCGACCACUGCGGCUAUCCCCUCUGCCCGAAUCCACUUCCCCAAGAUGUCCCCCGGAAGAGCCGGUAUCGCAUCUCUCUCCGCGAGCACAAGGUCUACGACCUCGAGGAGACCUACAAGUACUGCUCCCCCGCCUGCGUCAUCGCGAGCCGGGCCUUCGCCGGGAGCCUCAGCAGCGAGAGGUGCUCCGAUUUGAGCGCGUCCAAGGUCGAGAAGAUUUUGGAAUUGUUUCACCGGGGGGCGUCAUCGGAGGAAGCUUUAGAGAAAGAUGGGGAUUUGGGACUCUCCAAGUUGACGAUUCGGGAGAAGGCGGAUGCCGGUGCGGGUGAGGUGUCGUUGGACGAGUGGAUGGGUCCUUCCGGUGCCAUCGAGGGCUAUGUUCCCCAGCAUGAUCGUGACAAAGGAUUGAAGGUUGCAGCCAAACAGAAACUGUCAAAAAGCGCCGAGGAUGCUGGACAGGGCGAGCUGGAUUUUACAAGUACCAUAAUUGUUGGAGAUAAGCUUGAUGGGUUUUCUCCUUCUUCAGUUUGUACGCAAGAUGUUUCAGAGGCAAUAAUAAAGAAGUUGGAAGACGUGGUUCUGUUAGAAAAGAAGACGAAAACAACUAAAACAUCAUCAAAAUCUUUGAAGCCUAAACCCACAAGUAAGGUAGACGAAAGCAAGAAUAAUCAAGUGGAUUUUAGGAGUGUCAUAGUCAUGGGAGAUGAUGCUCAGGCAUCCUGUGUGUCAACUCAAAAUCAUUCAGAACAGUUCAAUUUUACAAGUCCUAUGAUCAUUGACCAGGCUCCAAAGAUGUCCUCCGUUACAGCACAAAAUCGUCCAGAACAGUUAGACAAUAAUUUGAAUAAUGAGGUUCACUUGGAAAAUGAGAUAGAAUACCUGGAAACUGCACAAAAAGAGCUGAAAUAUAGAGUUAAGUUGGAAAAGAAGGAGGAGACUGCAUUAAAAUCUUCCUUGAAGGCUUCAGGGUCCAAGGUUGGAAGGCGAACUGUCAAGUGGGCUGAUGAGGAAAAAGACAAGGCUCUAGAAGAAAGAAAGGAUGGCCCUGAAAGCAAUAUAAGCACUGGAGCUUCACAUGAAGAUGAUGACGACAGUUCCUUAAGGCUUGCAUCAGCUGAGGCUUGUGCAGCUGCACUGACACAGGCAGCAGAGUCUGGUGCUUCAGGCUUGUCUGAAACUGGAGAUGCAGUUUCUGAAACGGAAAUUGUUAUCUUGCCACAACCACAAUAUGCAAAAGAGGGGGAUGCUGAGGAAGAUGAGGACACGUUUGACUUUGAUAGGGGAUUUGUGCAGUGGCCUAAGAAGACUGUGCUUUUGGACACUGACAUGUUUGAGGUUGAGGACUCAUGGCAUGAUACACCACCAGAGAGUUUCAGUUUAACUUUAUCAUCUUUUGCAACAAUGUGGAUGGCACUUUUUGGAUGGAUAACACGCUCUUCUUUGGCUUACAUAUACGGGCAAAAUGAAAGUUCACAGGAUGAUUUUUUGUUGGUCAAUGGGAAAGAAUACCCCCGCAAGACAGUCUUGGGAGAUGGCAAGUCAUUAGAAAUUAGACAGACUAUAGAUGGAUUUGUUUGCCGUGCCUUGCCAAGCUUUGUUAUGGAUCUCAAGUUGCCAACACCUGUUUCAACUUUGGAGAAAUUUGUGGGGCAGUUGCUGGAUACAAUGUCAUUUGUAGAUACACUGCCUUCCUUCAGAAUAAGGCAAUGGCGGGUGAUGGUUCUUUUGUUUCUUGAUGCCCUUUCUGUGCAUAGACUUCCUUCUCUUGCCCCACAUAUGACAAACAAGAAUAUGCUACUACACAAGGUGCUAAAUCCUGCCCAGGUUAGUGCAGAGGAGUAUGAAUCCAUGAGAGAUCUAAUAAUCCCGUUGAGCAGAUUUCCUGAAUUAUCUAUGCAAAGCGGUGGAUAGCAGCACCAUGCUGUGUUCACGCACCGGAGUAAUUUUGCUGCAGCUUCAUCAGCUGUUAUAGAGGCUCGUUUUCAAAUUUGGACUGCAGAUUUUGUAUCACUAUUUUCAGAGGACCCUAUGCCGUUAUGUUUAUAUCUAAUUUCUAGCCUUGAUAAACAAUUCAUGUCGAGAACUUUGUUAUCAGUACUCUCUGAAUGAAGCUUUAUGAUAAAAAGGUAUACGUCUACAUUGCUCCUGACCCCAGGUUCACAUUACAGUUGAAAACAAAGUCAUGAAACCCCGAUUUU